AUGGCGGCAAAGGUCCAGGGCACGUGCGACAGCCGGUUCAAGAAGGUCGAGGAGCUGUUCCAGUCGUAUCUGGACUCGGGCGAAGAGCUGGGAGCCUCGUUCACGGUCAACCUCGACGGGCAAGAGGUGGUCGAUCUCUGGGGCGGCCACGCCGACGCCUCGCGCACCCGCGCCUGGGAGCGCGACACCAUCACGACCGUAUGGUCCACGACCAAGUGCAUCACCGCGCUCGCCGUGCUCGUCCUCAUCGACCGCGGCCUCGUGUCGCCCGACGACCCCGUCGCCAAGCACUGGCCCGAGUUCGGGGCCAACGGCAAGCAGCACGUCCAGGUCCGCCACCUCCUCUCGCACACGUCGGGCGUGUCCGGCUGGGACGCGCGCCUCUCCUUCGACGACGUCUGCGACCUCCCGCGCGCCACCGCCCUGCUCGCCGCGCAGGCCCCCUGGUGGGAGCCCGGCAACGGCCAGUCGGGCUACCACGCCUUCACGUACGGCCACCUCAACGGCGAGCUGGUGCGCCGCGUGACGGGCAAGUCGCUGCGCGCCUUCAUCGCCGAGGACCUCGUUCAUGCGCCCGCCACCCCGGGCGACGGCGACUUCCAGCUGGGCUGCGCCGACGAGGCGCUGUGGCCGCGCAUCGCCGAGACGGUGCCGCCGCCCGCCAUGGACGCCACCGUCAAGCCGCCCGCCGGCGUCGAGUCCAUCGCGGCCAAGACGAUGCGGUCGCCGCCGCCGGACGCGACCGCCGCCAACACGGCCGCCUGGCGCCGCGCCGAGCUGGGCGGCGCCAACGGCAUCGGCAACGCCCGCGGCGUCGCGCGCCUGCUGUCGGCCGUCGCGCUGGCUGGCCGCCCCUCGUCGUCGCAGGCCCUGCUGUCCCGGGAGACGGUCGAGCUGGUGUUCGAGGAGCAGGCGCGCGGCGUCGAUCUCGUGACUGGCGCCCCCAUGCGCAUUGGGAUUGGCUUGGGGCUGGCCGGGAAGGACACCAUUGCCAAUUGGUUGCCGGACGAGGGGGACGAGAGCCGCUUGUGUUUCUGGGGCGGCUGGGGCGGGUCGGCGGGCAUCAUGGAUGUGAAGAGGGGGCUGACCAUCGCCUAUGUGAUGAAUAAGAUGGAGAAUGUCGGGUUUGGGAAUGACCGGACCAAGGGGCUUGUGAGCGCCGUGUAUGAGGCGUUGGGGGUCGAGAUAUGA